AUGCAUCCAAAUUCUAAACUUGAAAAGGAUGAUAAUGGAAAAGAUGUUGAUGAAACAAGGUAUAGAGGAAUGAUAGGAUCUCUCAUGUUUCUAACAUCCUCUAGACUGGACAUUGUUCAAAGUGUGGGUGUGUGUUCUAGAUUUCAAUCUCACCCAAGAGAAUUACAUCUUUCACCUGUGAAAAGGAUCAUUAGAUACAUCAAAGGCACAGCUGAUUUUGGUCUUUGGUAUUCUAAAACUGACGAAUUCUGUAUAGUUGGGUAUUGUGAUGCAAAAUUUGUUGGGGAUCAUGUUGAUAGGAGAAGUACUUCUGGAAUGUGUUACUUUCUUGGACAAUUCCUGAAUGUAAGGUCAAGCAAGAAGCAAGCUACUGUUGCUUUAUCAACGGCUGAGACCGAAUAUAUCUCAACUUCUUCCUAUUGUUCUCAAUGA